AUGUCAGUUCAUUCCGAGGGAGACAACGACUCAACUCGUUCCUCCACGCAAGACUCGACCUCAACGUACGCGUUCAGCGGCACGGACCCUCCUCAUGAGGCAUUUGACACGUUUCAGCACAAAGUCCUGGCGCUCACACACAGCAUUUACGGCGUCGCAGCGGUCACCUUGCAGCGAGUCCGCGGGGGCAGCUACAAUCGAGUUGUAGUAGCUCAUGUCAAGCUGAUAGAUCAAGGUGAGUUGUCGGUGAUCUUCCGGAUUCCUCGCAAUCGCAACGUCCCGGCGGGCAUCGAGCGCAACAGCAGCGAAGACAUCGAAACCGACAUCCUCAACCAAGUGGCAGUGCUCCAGCUACUGCAGUCGAGGAGCAUUCCGGCACCAAAGCUCCUAGCAUAUGAUGCAUCUAGUCAGAAUGCAAUCGGAUUACCAUAUGUUCUACAACAAUUCUCGCAUGGGAAGACGCUCGAGGACUUCUACGAGGACAUGACUUUCCAAGAAAAGAUGCAAGUGGCAGAAACUUUGGCUGACUUCCUCGUACGCAUGGAAACUCUCACAUUCGAGGAGUCUGGAACUGUCGUCGCUACGCAGGCCGAUUCUGCGGCCCCAGCUACCAAGGCUUCAGCUCUCAGCGCUCCACUCGACAACGUGACUGCAGGAGUCCGCGGUUUCUCAGAUCCCUACGAGCAUGUUCUCACACCACACACUGCGGCUUGCCCGCGCGAACUUAUCGGCGGGCUGCUCAAAGCGCGGCUAGAUGGUGAGGUGGCGCAGGGCGGACCUGAAAAUGGAAUGCGUGUGAUACUGUCCAAGAUUUAUGCAAUGUUCGAGGACAUGUGCAGUGUUGGACUGUUUGAGGACGACGGUCUGACUCGAAGAAACAUUCUGCAUCACUGGGACUUGCAACCACGAAACAUACUAGUGAAGACUACUUCGCUUGAACGUGGGGGGCAGGACUUGGAAGAGCGGCUCGAGAAAUGUUUGGACAUCGCAAGAUCGCCCGAAAAGUGGAUCAUUGACGUGGUCGUCGACUGGGACCAAGUCCAAGCCGUUCCCUCCAUCUUUGCGCGCAAGCCUCCCAUCUGGCUCUGGGACUUCCCAAUGGAGAAGUACGACCUCUCUCGCCCACCAGGCUAUGACUUCGAUGAGGACUUACAACCUGCUGAGCGCUACGACAGCUCUAAGGGCAUGCUCUCGGCUGAGUCCGUGCAGAUACAGGCAAGAUUUGAAGAGCGGUUCGUUAGCAACAUGCAACAACUUUACCCGACGUAUACCGCCAAGAUCUAUCAGGAUGAGGCAUAUGGUAGAGGUCGCUGGAUCAGGCGAAUGGCACGCUACGCCAUAUUCGGCCUUCAUGACAGCGAGGCCUUCAAAAGAUUCAGAGGCCUGGAGCAAGAAUGGAGCAAGGCUCGUUCGAAUCUUGCAUUCUCUGCGGACAAUGGAUCAUGA